AGAAGAAGAAGGAGGAGGAAGAGGAGAAGAAGAAGAAGAAGGAGGAGGAGGAGAAGAAGAAGAAGGAGGAGGAGGAGAAGAAGAAGAAGAAGAAGGAGAAGUGUAAUCAGAUUACUGUUCAUGUCCUGCCAGCAGUGCAGUGACAGCGGCUCUCAUUGGCCACCUGUUGCCAUGACGACCCUAUACAACUCUGGCUGCUGCAGGUGAAGUUAGCAUGAUGCUAACAGCCUGUAGAGCCAGCAGCUCAGUGUCACAGAUCCCUGUACUUCAGCCUGGACUGUCCAGAUGGAGAACUACCUGACCAUCUGUCAUCUCAAUCCUCCUCCUCCUCCUCCUCCUCACCACCAGCGUUAAACCUGGAGGACGGUAAGAGCCAGUAACGUUAGCUAACACCUUGUUAGCCUUGUGGGUCAAAGUGAGCUUUAUUAACACAUAGCAGCUCACCUUGUAAGAUAGCAUGUUACCGAAACUUCUUAAUCAAUAACAUCCACCGGCACGCGUCGCCUUCAGACGCCGACUCUUCAAACGGACCAGAAGACUUGCCCCGAAGCUGUGGGUUUCGCCGCAGCCUCUUUGCUCUCUGCGUCUCUUCGGAUGUUGAUGAGCAGCAUGUCUUGGUUUGCAUUUACUGCUGACAACCUGCUGUGCCGGUGCCUCGGCAUCUCCAUCACUGUCUGGUUGACUCUUCUGUUUGUCUUCACAAUUGUGCCGGCUGUACUUGGAGUCUCUUUUGGUAUCCGCAGACUCUACAUGUGGACUCUUCUCAAGAUCUUUGAGUGGGCAACCUCAAGAAUGGAGAUGGGUGCAAAGGAAAAUAAUCAGCAACUCUAUAAACCAUAUAGCAACGGAAUCAUAGCCAAAGAACCACCGUCGUCCUUUCAGCAGGAGAUCCAGGAGCUCCGAGGUUCUGCCGGCUGUCUGCGCUCAGAGCCGGAGUUCGAGAUGGCUGACAUCUUCUACUUCUGCCGGAGAGGCGUGGAGAGCAUCUUGGACGACGAGGUGACCAAGCGCUUUUCGGCUCAGGAGUUGGAGAGCUGGAACCUGCUGACUCGAAGCAACUACAACCUCCGUCACAUCAGCCUGAGACUUACCGUCCUGUGGGGUCUGGGAGUAUUCGUCCGCUACGGCAUCCUGCUGCCUCUCAGGGUCACUCUGGCAUUCACCGGCAUUAGUCUGCUUCUAGUCCUGACUGCUUUGGUGGGCGUUUUACCAAACAAAGAGUUAAGGUUCUACCUGACUGAGAAGGUUCAUCUGAUGUGUUACCGCAUCUGUGUGAGAGCUCUCUCAGCAAUCAUCACCUAUCAUAACAGAGAGAACAAACCAAAGAAUGGCGGAAUCUGUGUGUCCAAUCACACAACACCCAUCGAUGUCAUCAUCUUGGCCAAUGACGGCUGCUACUCUAUGGUUGGCCAGUUGCACGGAGGGCUGAUGGGAAUGAUCCAGCAAGCUAUGGUCAAAUCCUCUCCUCACAUCUGGUUUGAAAGAUCAGAAGUCAAAGACCGACACCUAGUGGCCAAAAGGCUAAGCGAUCAUGUUGCUGACAAAACUAAACAGCCCAUCUUGAUCUUCCCUGAGGGUACUUGCAUCAACAACACAUCAGUGAUGAUGUUCAAAAAGGGCAGCUUUGAAAUCGACUGCACGGUCUAUCCAGUCGCCAUUAAGUAUGAUCCUCGGUUUGGGGAUGCCUUCUGGAACAGCAGUAAGUUUGGCCUGGUGAACUAUCUGCUGAGGAUGAUGAGCAGCUGGGCCAUCGUCUGCAGCGUCUGGUACCUGCCGCCUAUGAACAGAGAGGAAGGGGAGGAUGCGGUGCAGUUUGCCAACAGAGUGAAAGCAGCCAUAGCUGCACAAGGAGGAUUAGUAGAUCUCAUUUGGGAUGGAGGACUGAAACGAGGAAAAGUGAAAGACGCCUUUAAAGAAGAACAGCAGAAACUCUACAGUAAAGUUCUCGUAGGUGAGCAGGACGAAGUGCACCGAAGAGAUAACACACAUUUAGAGGAUGGAAAUCCAGAAGAGGAUAAAAGCAAUCAAGAUUCAACAAGAGGACAAUGAGGACAUGGUGAAUGUAUGAAGUUAUAAAUAACAGACUCUUACAUUUUAUACAGUGACAUCUUACAUAAUGGUGAAUGUGAAUUAUCAGAAGUAGGAAUUUUAUUGAUUAUUGCUGCUAACUGUAACAGACUCUGAAAGAAAGUAUUUUUAUGUUUUGGUAUUUAUGUUUCUAUUGGUGUAAAAUCUAUAUUUAUUUACAUUUGUAUGGUAAGAACGAUUACACUACAGGAAGCUCAGUUUGUUUGUUAUUUUAACUAAUUGUUCAUAGACCAAAGUCCUAGAGUGACCUCAAUUCUCCUGCCUCCUUUUUACUGCCAUCUGAGCUUGUUGUGUAUCUGAUUAAACACAUUCUCCUCUAAA